AUGGAGAAAGAGAAGCUAGAUCGAUGUGGUAACUUCAAGAUUCACAAGGAGCUGCAAUGUCUUCAUAACCAAACCGUCUCCUUAUUGCCUCAGUCUCCUCCUUCCAAGAAAAGAAAGCUGGAGAAGCCCCGGAAACCCAUCACUUUCACAGUGUUAGAAUCUACAACCAAGGCACUAAAGAAUAAAGUCGCAAGUUCAGACUCUGUGCCUAAAGAAGACAUCGAAGUGGUAACUGCGGGAAUAGAGAAAAUUCUCACUGAUCUGAAGGUACUUUAUAAACGUGUGCCUUGUGGGAAAGGUGAAGUAAGUUUAUUUCUAACAGCCAUACAGAAUUCAUGGAUCCACGUUCGGCGAAAGAAGCGGGAUCGAGUGAGGCAACUUCGAGAGCUCCCCAGAGCUGAGUCAAAUGUGCUGAAAUCCACAGGAGCAGACCAGACAACAGGAGGGCAAUGCGGCAGCACUAACAUUGGUUCUGUCAGCGUUGAGGAAAAGAUCAAUGUUAGCAAUUGUGCAGAAAGUAAUGUUGAAAUAGGAAAACCAACAGUCGAAGCUGAAGAGGAGCUCCCCAUAAAUGGGGGUAAUAGUUCGUUGAAUAAACUACAUGUUGAUCAAGAAAAUAAUGCGGAAACUGAAAAAAAAUUUAACCAGUGUGAAAUUAGUUUUGUUGACUGUAAAACUGAUGAUACAAUUGAGCAUGAAACGCCCUGUUCAACCAUGGCAAACACAAAGGUGGAAGAUACUCCAAGAGAGAGUGAGGGAUGUUUUUUGUUCAAGUGUUUAAUGAAUGUGAAGAAGGAUGGAAAGAAUUCCCAUGUGGAAAUGCACUGGGUUGAGGGACAGAAUAGAGACUUAAUGAACCAGCUCUCUACCUAUCUGCGAAACCAGAUUUUCAAACUGGUGGUUAGUUAAAGAAAUACUUUCAUGUUUUCAUCAUGCAAACUUUAUUUGUUUUUGCAAGUUAAAUGUAAAUUCCCAGGUUUCAAAUUUAUUUCUGGUCAUCUUCACUUCUUUUCAUUUAAUUUUCCAGAAUUUUGACAAUGAUCUUUUGUGUAUCUUUUUCAGUGACACAUGCAUGUCCCACCACUGUCUUUCAUCCAGUGUCUUAUCAAAAACAUGAAAAAGAAAUGUUCAUCUCCUCUGAUCACAUAAACAGAUCAAUAAACCCCAAUGGUUUAAUAUUAAUCCACCAGAAAGUUCAGUUGCAGAUGUUUGUUCAAUUUUCUGAUAACCAGCCAGAGGCAUUUGCACUAACAAAAAACAAGUAUGUAUUCCCAGAGACACUUAAAGAAAAAUAUGUUGCUUAAAUUUUAGGUAAAAAGAUCACAAGGUAAUUAUGCAUGUGGGAAACCAUUUGAUCCAUCUUGGUAUGACUAUCCAGAAUUAAUUUAAAGUUAUCUUCAUUAUAAGUAGCCAAUUUACUCUCAAAUUAUUCCUGUUUCUACUUGCUGCCUGUAUUCUCUUUUGUAGUUCAUUCCAUACAUUUAACACUGUUGAUCACCUUUGUUGUGGUCUUAACAUUGCUCUUUAAUAUUUUUAAACCUGUUUCCAAAUUUUCUUUUUUUAUGAAGCUUGUUAUCUUAUGCAUACCUCUGUACAUUCACAUCACAGUUGCAAACCUGUGUCCUCCUAUAUGAUAAUGUCCUGAGGCAUUUUAUAAAAUGAACAAAAUAGGUAGAUACCAAGCAGGAAGAAGAGAGACAGAAAGUAAAUAUGCAAAAGACAUUGAAUUGAUUCAAAAGGACCAUGUUUGCAAAGUGUAUGAGGGUAAUAUUGGAGUUGGCUGUUGUCUUGUCCAUGUUUAGAAAUGCUUGUUAUAUUGGGUCACACAUGAACAGUUGCUAUUUGGAUGAGGUACUAAAGAGUUAGAAAUCACAGUCUCUGAGGCCAGCAAGAGGUGAGCAUCUUGUGGGAAAACAAGCAAUAUUUUUCGAUAGAAUAAAAAUGUCCGCCCUAAGAUCCAAAUAUGUGUGAGGCAAUGUACUUGGGCUGGACAAACAAGGCAAGGGAAUAUAUGAUGAACAGUAGGACCCUGGGAAGCACCAGACCUUUAAGGUAUCAGGACAGGUGGAUAAAGUGGUUAAGGAGUUAUAUAGUAUACUUGCUUUUAUUAGUUGAGGCAUAGAGUUUAAGAACAGAGAAGUUAUAAAACCUUUGGAACUGUAUAAAAUGUUGGUUAGGCCAUAGCUAGAGUAUUGUGUGCAGUUCUGAAAUCCACAUUAUAGAACAGUGCAGAGGAGAUUUACCAGAAUAUUGCUGGAGCUGGAGAAUUUAUUAUGAAGAGGGAUUGGACAGACUAUGGUUGUUUUCCUUAGAGCAGAGAGGGUUGAGAUGUAUAAAAUUGAGGGGCAUGGAUAGUAUAGAUAGGCAAAACUUUUCCCAUUAAUGGAGGGAGCAAUGACCAUGAUCAUAGUUUUAGGGUAAGGGGUGGAACGUUUAGAAGCAAUGUGUGGAAAAACAUUUUUAAUCCAGACGGUGGAGGGAAUCUGGAACUCUCUGCCUGUAAGAGCGCUAGAGGGCAGAAACCCUCUUAACAUGUAAGAAAUAUUGCAAUGUGCACUUGUGAUGCCAAGGCAUAUAAGGCUGUGGGCCAAGUGCUGAAAAAUGGGAUCAGAAUAGUUAGAUGGUUGUUUUCGACCAGCGUGUAUGUGAUGAGCCCAAAGGCCUUUUUCUGUGCUAUAGAUCUCUAUGACUCAUCUGCCAAUUUCAUUUCACUCCACAUGAAUCAAGGAACAGCUAAAGAGACUUACUACUGAAAAUGCUGUUGGCUCUAACAGCAUUCCAGCAAUAGUAUUGAAGACUUGCUCCAAAGAUUGUAGCACCAGUGACCAAACUGUUCCAGUCCAGUUCCAACAUUGGCAUCUAUCCAAUAAUGGGAAAAUUGCCCUCUUAUAUCCUGUCCGUAAAAAGCAAGACAAAUUGAACAUGGUUAAUUUACACCCUAUCAAUCUACUUUCUCUCAUCAGUAAAGUGAUGGAAAGGGUCAUCAAGCACCACUUGCUUAGCAACAGCAUGCUCAGUGACAUCCAAUUUGGAUUCCACCAGGGGCAUUCAGCUUUUGACCUCAUUACAACCUUGGUUCAACAAAGAGCUGAACUUCAGGAGUGAGGUGAGAGUGACAGUCUUUGACAUCAAGGCUGCAUUUGACUGAGUGUGGCAUCAAGGAGUCAGCAAAAUUUGACCCAUUGGACAUAUGGGCUGGGUGGAGUCAUACCUAUCACAAAGCAAGAUGGUAGUGGAUAUAAAAGCUCAGUCACCUUAGCUCCAAGACAUCUCUGCAGGAGCCCCUCAGUGUAGUAUCUAGGCCCAUCCAUCUUCAGCUGCUUCAUCAUAAGUUCAGAAGUGGGAAUGUUCACUGAUGAUUGUGCAAUGUUCAUUAUUUGCAACUCCUCAGGCACUGAAGCAGUCCAUGUCCAAAUGGCUUGAGCUGGAAAGUGACAUUCAUGCCAUACAAGUGCCAAACAGUGAUCAUCUCCAACAGCUGUUGAAUUCCCCCCAACAACAUCCUGGGGUUUACAAUUAACCAGAACCUGAACUGGACAUGUCAUAUAAAUUCAGUGGCUACAAGAGUCAGUUAGAGGCUAGGAGUCCUACAGUGAGUAGCUCGCCUGCUGAAUCCCCGAAACCUGUCCACCAUCUACAAGACGCAGGUGAGGAGUGUGAUGGAAUGCCCUCCAAUUGCCCGGAUGAGUACAGUUCCAACAGUAUUCGAGAAGCUUGACGCCAUUGAGGACAAAGCAGCACAGAUGAUUGGCACGACAUGCCCAUUCAUUCAUUCUCUUCACUGUGCAAAGUAACAGCAGUGUGCACCAUCUACAACAUGCAUUGCAGAAAUUCACCAAGGCUCCCUAGAAAGCACCUUCCGAACCCAUGACCACUGCCAUCUAAAAAGACAAGGCAGCAGAUUCAUGGGAACACCACCACCUACAAGUUCCCUUGCAAUCCACUCAUCAUCCUGACUUGGAAAUAUAUUGCUGUUCCUUUUGUAUUGUUGAGUCAAAAUCCUGGAACUCCCUCCCGAACAGAAUUGUGAGUCUACCUGUACCAAAUGGAGUACAGCAGCUCAAGAAGGCAGCUCAUCACCACCUUCUCAAGGGUAUUUAAUGAUGGUCAGUAAAUGUUGAUCCAGCAGCAAAGCCCAAAUGUCAUUAAUGAUUUUAUUUUCUAAUUUUUAUGCCGAUUUCUAAUUUUACUAAAGAACAAAUGUAACUAGUUUAUAAAUGGUAUAAGUUUUGCAGUGUUCUUUGUAAUUGAUUUCUCUACUAAUGUGAAUUUAAUAUUCACCUUCUUGUCUUAUUUUUUGUAAGUUAAGUCUGGUAAAAAGAAGCAAUGCCUAGGAAUUUAUUUGCAAAAUGAAAAUACAGUGAGCCCUUUACCAGCUGUAAAAAUGUUAUCUGCGUAUUGUGGAAUGUAACUGAAGGUACAAUCUUUUGGCUGUAAAAUUGAAUUUUUGUUCUGUCUUCAUGAAUUUAUAUUUGGCAAACUUUUUAGAAGA